AUGCGUAACGUCCCAACUGAACUCCUCGCCGACACGAUUUCUCUAAUGGAGGAUGGCUUGAUCUCUCUGACGAUGGCGUGUGUGUAUCCCGAUAAUGUCUACAUAACUGAACGUCUCUCUAUGGCAGAACUGAGAGAGGCGGAGAAGAUAGUAUACGACUCCUUCGAGAUCAUCCGGCAGUUUUCAUUGUUUUUCCCAGCGUCCCCCGACGUUGAGUGCUGUUUAGAAGCGGUUGAAAUCAUCGAGGAAUACCUGCCUUCGCUGGGCUUGGAUAUGCCGCUCGUCGAGCAAGCAGACAUGCAGUACAACGCCGCUUCUGCUUCUUCCUCCUCUUCCACCGCCGCUGUCCUCGGUGCCACUCGUCGCAACCGGAGUCCCAGCAUCGACGUCGAUGGGUUCAAGGACCCAAAACUUCCUCUCGCUGGACCAAGCCGCCAGCCGAUUACCAGUUACAACUUCACAAAGAGCCCAGGUUCGCUCUCAUUAACGAAGUCCGCGGAACUCGAGGUGGCUCGAGUCUCCGAGAGCCACCGAUUCCCCUCGCCCGAGGAGUCAGACAACGAACGCGACGCUUCCGGUGACGAAGAAACCCGCUUUUCUCUCCGCCCCACGCCACAGGCUCACGCACCUUCGCGAGUGGCAAGGUCGGAAGCGCCAUCGUCAGCGCCUUCAACACUUCUUCCCAUCAACGGCGACAUCGAGCGUUUUUACGCUCUCGAAUUAGAGCAAGCAGACGAGAUCAGGACGCUCGCGAAGGAGGUCCUGUCAGAGGCGUACAAAAUCUGCCUCUCGAUGCCAGGCGGCCUCGCAGGGCAGUAUCGCACAAGGAUCGCCGGGCUGUUGGGAGAGGAUGUGGAGAGGCAGGUGGUAGAAGACGCGAAAGAGAUGAAGGAGACAGGAAAGCUCCACGUGCGGACCCCAUUCCGUGACAUGGGUAAUCUGGGAACAAGAACGACCCAUCCUGACGCCAACGUUGGAACGCCCACGAGGGCGAGCAUGCCGCCUCCCUCCUUUAGCCUGUCAAGGAAGCGCCUGCGAGAGGAGGAGAGUAUCGAGGACAUACUCGAAGUGGAAAACUCACUUUCCCUAUCGAGGAAUCCCUCGAUCGCCACCAUCUCCUCCAGCGGAGGUUCUCCUGCCACCAAGAGGCUGAGGCUCGACUCCUAUCGGGCCACCUUUGACGAAAACGAGGACGACACGAUGCUCGGCCUCAUUUGGGGCCGAUACUUCACAACACCGGAGGCGGAUGUAGAGGACGGGGAGUACUCACCAAAGGACGAGGACAAGUGCGACGACGAGAGCGAUUCCAGCAGCGACAUGGAGUCCCAGCAGGAAGACUUCUCCAUCGUCGCUCUCGCACGGGGCCUUCCAGAUGACAUAACGGGCUUCAUCGAAGAAACCGCAUUGUACGAGGCCGACCGCCUCGCCGACGAAGCUGCGACCAAUCGUCCUCCAAGCCCACCCCCUACGAACCAAUUCCCCAUCCACUCUUUCGGCACCGCCGCCGAACGCCCACCAGUUCCCGCUCCUCGUCCCGUACCUCAGGUGCCUCGUCGUCUCCAGCGCUCGAACGAGCGCAUCAUGAUCAACGAGGAUGGCUCCGUGGAAGCCUUCGACUACACCACUACCGACGAGUAUGCAGCCCGCGUGGCCUGGGAGAGGACAUCUGCUCGUUCUGCACGGUCGGUUGGACAAUCGGAGCGGGCCCUGCGACCUGGCCGCCGACCUACGUGA